AUGCGUCACUACAACCCAGCUGGUGAUGGUCACAUGCUGGGUUCUGCUUCUCUGCACUGGAUUGCGGUUCCCCUCCAAUAUCUAAUGUUUGUAGAUUAUCAGCACUGACUGUGGUCACAAAUAAUAAAAUUGAACUUUGUGAAUCAGAUCCUCGGUGCAGAUCCGUCCGACCACGAUGUUAUCUCGCACCUUGGAGGAGUGGAGCUUUGCUCUGGUGCCGCUGUGGUGAAGCGGCCGUACGUGCAGCAUAAACAGCCGAUGGACAAGCUCCUUGGUGCCGGCCCGUGUCGGUGAAGGCCACAGAACAUGAGCCCGGUGCUGUUUAUCUAACAGGUUUUCUGAUUGGUUCAAACACCCAGCAACACAGACUGAUUUCUUUUAAACUUUCCAAGAAUGUGUGACGGUUAAGGGUUCAAACUGCUUUCCUUCAAACUGCAGGACUCACCCGCACAGGCCGGGAUUAGAAGCAGAGCCUGUUCGUGCCCCCAGCGGUUGAAGAAUAGUUGCGAUGGAGACAUUUGACCUCCUCUUCAUAUCUGUGAUUGUUCUGCUGCUGGUUCUUAUAGUUCUGCUCAUAGUCUGCUGCGUCCUCAGAUGUAGCAGACGCAGAAACCUCACAGAACUGCGGAUCUCAGAAGGACAAAACGCUCACGUUCUCACCAUCAAGACUGAGCCGGACCACGCUCAGCAGCUGCUGGACCAGCUCCUGAAACGAGUCUUUUUCCGGGUAGAAUUUGAUGCCGAAAAUUCAGCAGGACUUGAAGCAGAACACAAGGAGGAAAUAGAACUAGAACGUGGCUCCUUCUCUGGAUCAGAACUAGAGGUUUCAACACCUGAAACCUCUCACCACAGAAAAGUCAUUUCUUCACCUCUGAAUCAAACUGAUGACUUCACCUCUCAGCACUCGUCCUCAUCCCAGCCCCUCCACCAGGCAGAGGAACAAAGUGAUGAGUCACAAUGUUAGAGAGAAAUAAAUGUCAUUUCUAAAAGGCGGGUUACUGUGGCACCGGGGUAGUGUUACACUGACAGAGACUCAGAGAAAGGGUUCACUUCAGUGCUGCUGUUUACUGAGGCUGGACACAAACAGGGGCUUCAUGGGGAGCACGGCCCCUUGUCUCCUGAUGUUGUCACCGUAGCAACAUGACCCUCAACACCCAGAGAGAGAAGGAGCCCCUGCAGCGGCGCGGCAGCACACCGACGCCUCCCGCCCAUUUCUGCCACCACCCGUCCUUGACUCGGGCCGCUCGGCCUGCCAGAACCCCGGACGACCCGGAGCGGCCGCGGCCCCAGCGCAGCCACCUGCUCCUGGGACAGUCGGCGUCCUACGACCCGGAGACAAGUCCCUCCGCUACCGGGCCCCACUGGAGCUCGGACUCGGACGACGACUCGCAGAGCGACUCGGAGUGCGUUUACAGAGUGGUCCUGCUGGGAGACCACGGCGUGGGAAAGAGCAGCCUGGCAGGAAUCUUUGCCGGGAUCACAGAUAAAGAUGAGCAAGCUGGAGACGACACAUAUGAGCGGACGCUGACAGUGGAUGGAGAGGAAACCACACUCAUCCUUAUGGACACCUGGGAGAACACCACAGUGCAUGAUGAUAAUGAUGAUGAUGAUGAUGAGGAUGGCUCCUCUCAAGACGACUGUCUGAAGGUGGGGAGCGCUUACGUCAUCGUCUACUCCGUCACCGACCGCUCCACCUUUGACUCCGCCGCCGAGCUGCGCAUCACACUGAGACGCGCACGUCAGGCCGAAAACCUUCCCAUCAUCCUCGUCGGCAACAAAAGCGACCUGGUCCGGUCCCGAGAAGUUGCUGUGGAAGAGGGCCGAGCGUGCGCCGUGGUGUUCGACUGUAAGUUCAUAGAGACGUCGGCGUCUCUGCAGCACAACGUGGCCGAGCUGUUCGAGGGAGUGGUCCGGCAGAUCCGGCUCCGCCGGGACGGCAGCGAGGCCGUGCAGCGCCAGCACUCCGUGUACAAGCGCAAAGAGAGCCUCACGCAGAAGGCGCGGCGCUUCCUGGACCGCCUGGUGGCGCGCAACAACCAGCGCAUGGCGGUGAAAGUGCGCUCGAAGAGCUGCCACGACCUGGCCGUCCUCUGAGCACGCGCGUCCAGCAGGUGUGUCAGGUGCACGCGGCCCUCGCACCCGCGGCACGUCCCGCUGGUUGCGACGCCGUGGACGCAGGUUCCUGCAAUUAGCGCGUGCGCGGCGUGUCACGCGGACGCAGCCGGCGGCGGAGACCGUCAGGGGGCAGAGGCCGCCGAUCGGUGAGAAAAAGCCCCGUCCCUGAUUCACCGCGUGGUGUCAGCUGACUAAUGACUGUAAGGGGUCGUUUCCAGUGAGAUGAGUGUUAAAUGUGUGCGUGUGUGCGCGUGAGACGUCCUGUCAUUUCCACCUUGUCCACGGAGCUGUUCUCCUGAGCUUUCUAUUGUUUUCAUUUCAGCAUUGUAAAGAAUAAAGGGUUUUUUGCCUUAAAA